CGGGAUGCACGUCGGCACCUUCAUCUCCACCGAGACCACACCGCUCGGCACCGUCCCAAAGCCGAAGCCGGUACCGAUCCCCGGUGCGGAGCCACACCUCUUCGGCACCGCUGUCCCCGGGUUCCGCUAUGCACUCAGCGAGAUCGCACCAUUCCUCGGCCGCUUCUCGUUCAGCUAGAGACAUCAGCACCGAACCCAGAAGCAGGUUCUCGUCGCAACAUUCUAGCCCGGCUCACAGACCUCCAUCCUGGCAAAUGCCUGCGGUUCAAUAUGCAUACCCUCCCCCUCCGCAUCCAUGGUAUCAACACCAGUAUGCCUACCCACCCCCGCGAUAUGCCACCCAAUGGCAACCGUGGGAUUCACAUCCAAAGAGGACUCACCAUCGACCCUCUCCUACCACUUCCAGGCCACCUCCUGCCUCACCUCCUGCCACCACAUCGGCCACAGAGCCGAAUUCUCCAGCUCCUUCAGGCGGCCAUGACUCCCUCUCUGACGGCGAGACCAGAUCUCCGCUACACAAUUCCUCCUCCUCCCCAGACGAAGCGGUCACCACCGAUGUCCCACCGUCGAGAUACGAUACAAAAAAGUUUCAAGAGUUGUUUAAAAGAGUUGCCGUAGCGCAGGAAAAAGAUCUUCAAGAGGUGCAGGUCAAACAAUAUCGACUCCUUCGCACGCUUCAACCUCCAACUGCUUCCAGAAUUGCCAUCCCUAUGGAUGAGGCCAUUAUGGACCCAGCUGACAAUAUUUGGCAGACCCCAGCGUCUGUCACUCCAACAAAGAAGAGAGCAGACCGCAAAUACUUCAUCGCUCCAAAGGAUAUGGACUUUCUUUUCACCCACCCACCCCCUAACUCCCUAAUAGUGGAUUCUGUACGUCACAAGGGUAAACAACGUAACCUAAGAACAACCCCACAGGACAGAGACCACAAAAAGAUUGACAUUAUGGGCCGAAAGGUUUAUUCUUCGUCCACAUUGCUCCUUAGGGCAGCCAAUUACACUGAUAUGCUCGCAGACUAUGAUAAUGCCAAUUACUCAAAGCUCCAGGACCUCCUCCUACACCUCCCGGAGCAUAAACGGCCAACCCUGCUUAGUAUUAUGCAGGAAGGCCUCACCAUUUCCCGCACAGCUUUGCAGUCCGCUAUGGACGUGGCAGACACCGCGGCUCGAAUCACGGCCUCGGCGAUAGUGCUCCGCCAAAUGUCAUGGCUACAAGCCUCCGGCGUACCUAGGGACCUCCAACAAAAGGUCGAGGAUUUACCCUUCGAUCGGACCAACCUAUUUGCAACCAAGACCGAUGAGGUGUUGCAUUCUAUGAAGGACUCCCGUACAACCCUUAGGACCCUAGGAAUGUAUACUCCUCCAUUUAGAAGGACCAGAUACCAGCCUUACCAACGACCGAGAGAACCGUUCCGCCAACAACCCAAAUAUGAUUUCCGUAUACAGAGAUCCCAGCGUCGUAGACCUCAACGCCAACAACAACAACAUGCCACACCUCAUCCCCCAGCCGGCAAGCAGCAGGUUUGAAGGCCUGGUCGAGAGCCAGGAAGCCAAUCCGCCGACCCUCCCAACUGCUACCCUUCAGUUCCACCACCCCCUCCGAGCGUUUUUCCACCAAUGGUCCCUCAUUACCUCGGACAAGUGGGUUUUGAACCUAGUCCAAUCGGGCUACGUCAUCCCCUUUACCUCUACCCCGCCCAACCACCCUCCUACCCCAUCCCU